AUGGAAGAUUAUGAAUACGAACAAGUUCUCGAGUAUGAGAACGAAAUCUACCAAGUUAACGAUGAUUCAGAAAGUGAAAAUGAAGAGUUGACAAACGCGUUAGCACAAAUAUAUUACGCAGUAGAUAAUUCAAAAUCUGAUAUACAAAAUAACGAACCACCAACAUCUAACCUCGAAAUCAAUAUAGUAAAAAUUACUAAAAAUAAAAGUAAUAUAUCAUUGGAGCAUAAGAAGCCAAGUUCAGUUCCGAUUCAUAUAGAAAAUGCUGAAUCAGCAAUUUCACAUAAGCGAAAAAGACUUGAUGAGUCGCAUAACAAUUUUCCAUCAAAUGAUAGAAGACAAUGUUGCGCACUUUGCAAAGAAUAUAAUCAUGAUGAACAAACUUGUGAGAAUAUACUUUAUCCUGAAAAUGAUGAGCAUCAGCAGUAUGUAAAAGAAGCUUUAGACUUUAUUGUUAUCAUUGUACUGGAAAUCACUUUGGACAAGUAUGAU